UCGCGACGUCGCUUCCAGAAAAAAAAUCGCUUCGCGUUUCUGGUUUCGGAUUCCCCUCGCCUCGCGUCACACACCUUCCUCCGCUCCUCCCCCUCUCAUGGCGUCCCUGUUCAGGGCUCGCCGCCGGCGAUCGCCGGAGGACGACGGCGAGGAGGAAGACAGAUCCGGAGCCGGGCGGGCCAAGCGCCGCCGCCUCUCGCCGGAGGAGGCCGCACUGACGGCGGCCGAGGAGGAGGGGAGGAGCCCCGGGUGGCUCUCCACCAUCGUGACCGGAGCGAAGAGGGUUAUAACCUCCGUGCUGUUCUCGUCCCAGGAGGAGACGGCCUCGGCGGAGGAGGAGGAGGAGGAGGAGGAGGAAGAGGAGGACGGCGAAGAGGAGUCUGGAAAUGAAGAUGCCCGUGAUUCUCAUCGAGCAAUAGUUCCUUACAGUGAAUCAAAGAUUGCCAUUGAGGAAAUGGUUAUGAAGGAAACAUUUUCAAGGGAUGAAUGUGAUAAGAUGGUAAAGCUAUUACAAUCGCGGGUUGUGGAUUCAAAGCUUCCUGAAGCCUAUGAGUAUGGAACGCCAAAAGAAAUUCCAACCAGGGAUGCAUCUGCUGGCAAUGAUUUUACAGGAGCUUGGCGUACCUUGAAUCGCAAUAGAAAUAUCCCUGAAUCAAGUCCAUUUUCUAGUAUUGGAUGUGGUAACUUCUCUCCUGCCUCUCCACUGCAUGCAUCACCUGAGCUAUGUAAUGCAGCAGUUACGGAAGCAAAGAAAUGGUUGGAAGAGAAAAGGCAGGGAUUAGGCACAAAGCCCGAAAAUGGCCCUUGCACAUUAAACACCGAUAUGCUUAAUUCUGAUUUUGAAUUCGACAAGGGUUCUCCAGUUGAUUUAGCAAAAUCGUACAUGCAGUCAUUGCCACCGUGGCAGUCCCCUUUAUUAGGCAGUCGGAAGUUGAAAACACCACCCUCUGGUGGAGUACAUUUUAAUGAUGAAGGAAAGUCCAAAUUCUUCUCUUCAACAAAGGUCACCACCAAGGAUGACUUCAUUUCCAGUUCCAAUUUUUGGGAAAAUUUGGAGGAAUUGCGAAGAUCUCGCAUUGGAUUUUCUGAAACUUAUCCUGAUGCUUCUAAAUUAAAGCAUAAUGGUUCUACUUCCAAGUUAUUUGACAUUGAUGUGUCGGUAUUCUCUUCGGGUACUCGUGAGGAAGUCAGAGAGUCUAUGCAAAGUUCUAAAGGUUCUGAUAAAGCUGCUGCAGUAGAACCAGCCAAUGGGUGCUCCUUACCUAUUGCACCAACUAAUGAUGGAAACGAUGGUGCUGUUGACUCUGUGGACCCUGCUAAGGACAGUGGCAAUCAGGUCCGAGAAUGCCAUGCUGCAUCUGAAGUUCAUCCUGAUGCGGUACCACAGGGGAACCAUAUGCCUCCCACAAGUGACACGAAGGAUGCUGCUGGCCUCAGUGGAGAUGUUAAAUCUUUUGCUGCAGAACAAGAAAUUCAUGAAGAAACACAUAUCAACUCAACUUCUGGUUUGUCGAUUCCUGAAUCGAGACCAAAGGUCAGUACUAGUUUGCGGUCUCUGAAGAAAAAGGUCCAGAAUAGUUUAAGUGGAUCAACCAAUAAAACCUCUGCUAACGGUCUUCUAGACAGGUCAGAUGGCAACUCAGGGUUAGAAUCCUCGGGCAAUGAUAAUCCCAGCUGCACCAACUCAAGCGGUGCUGUGCCUCCCACCAGUAACGAGCUUAUAGACUCUACAGAUCAUGCUGCAGAUGACAAUUCUGUCGAUAACGACACAAAAAUGGUUUCAGAGAAACCGGUGAAUGGUAAUUCUGUUGAAAAUGGCGCUGGAAUGGAUUCAGAGAAACCAGUAGAGGAAGCUCCAAAACCAUCCUAUGUUCGUCGGGGCCGGAAAAGGUUGUCUAAGAGGCAGUAAGAGGAAAACGAGGGUGGUAUAAGCAUUUGCUGAACCAUAUUGCCGUGUACUAAUAUUAACAGCCCAAAUGGGCGGUAUGGUACCUAGGUUAACUAGAGCAUAGCAUGGAUUGGUUCAUUUAUGAGAUAACGCAAUCCGGCAACCACGCCUGUAUCAAUGUUGUACUAUUGUAGGCUAGGAUCAGUAGCUGCGUCUUUUCCGUUUCGUUUAGAUGUGAUUUUUAUUGCGGGUAGUUUGUGCAGACGGAAAAUAACAUAACAAUUGCUUGGCUAUGUACUGUAUUGUAAGUGGCGACUGGUAGUGUCUAUGUAAUCCAUUUAUCACCCAACCAGCUGUAUCUAUUGCUUUGUGUUGCUUAUA